AGUUAUUUUCUAAAAUAUUUCACUGUCAGGAAUGUGCUGGAUUAGUUGUAUCGAUAUGGAGUGAAAUCAUACAGUAGAAUCCGCAUCCGGCUCGUCAGAUGCGUCAGUGCCGCCGCCAUUGUGUGGCGGGGUUGUGACCCGUUCAAAUAGCAGAGAGAGUAGAAAAUGCCAUGUUUCUGUGCUGCUGUAGGAUGUUCUAAUCGGAGAAAUGCCAAAACCAAGGAACAGCGAAUAACCUUUCACAGGUUCCCAAAAGAUAAAGUCAAAAGACGGGCAUGGACAGCAGCACUGAGGAGAAGGGACUUUAAGCCAAAUGACCGCUCAGUCAUCUGCAGCUGCCAUUUCAAGUCGGAUGACUUUGACAUGACCGGACAGACAACUCGUUUAAGAGAAGGAGUGAUCCCGUCAGUUUUUGGAUUUUCUGACCGUCAUUGCAAAGUGCCCACUAAACCCAGGACAACCAGAACCUCACUAAAAGCUGUUACACAAAUUCCAGAAGUUCCUGUUAAGCUGUCAGUGAAACGAGAGGAGUCGACCUCAAAUCAUCAGUAUGCCCUUGAGCAGGAUCAUCAGUAUGCCCUUGACCCAGUUCAAGUCAAGAAAAAGUUAAGUGAGGCUCAGAAGAGAAUAGAAGAGUUGCAGCGGGACUUAAGAAAUGCCAAAGAUCGGGAAAGAAGACUUAAGAAGACGGUGAAAUCCCUGGUUAAGGAGUUAAAACACAAAAAUAUGCUAACAAAGGAACUACAGGAGGAGCUUGACUUGUACUCUGAUCUUCCAGUAUGACUCAUCAAGCAGCACCACACCUUCACUCCUGCUCAAAAGGACUAAAUGUACACGGACGUAAAGCCUGCAAGUAUUUGAGAGAAUCAGCAUGCUGGUAACAUGCUGAGGUUUUCUCUACUUGAUCUAGUGCUUUACCUGAAGCAGCCGUUCGCAGACUGUGGACCCCAAGCCUGGAUUUAACUGAUCACUUUCAGAUGCUAAAACAACUAAAAAAAUGUAAAGAUCAGUCAAGCAUGUUCAGGAUGACUCCCUCAUGGAUGUUGGAGUUUGCACUGAUGAGACCAUUGUGGCACGUGAGGCCCCCCGUGUUGAUGGUUGUUGUACUGCAAGGCCACUAUAAAAACACCCAUCGCCUACUUAAUUAUUCCAGACCAGACACCCAAAAAAGCUUUGCUACAGCAUGCUGUACCGGCAGUACAUCACUGAAGUAUUAAAGUGCUGUGUUUGAGACAAUGGAUGACAUUUAUACAACAUCAACAUGUUGCCUGUAUCACAGGAGACUGCCAGUGCACAAGGACCUGCCUGAUGUCCACCCGAUGCAAAACUUUGCUUUCAUAAACAUUUCUAUCCUCUGAUGCCCUGUAUGUAUAUUUUUUUGUACCUAAUGUGUGACUUAAAAUGUAAAUGAGCAAAAUAUGUAACUAUAAAUGGAAUAUGGAAUUAAAAGACAAUUGUGAAACCUG